CUAUUUCGAUUUUGAUUUGGCGUUUGGACUUUAGUGUUUUCUGUCGGGAUUUCUAUCAGGAAGAUUCUCCUGUUUCCUGCUACAGUUCUAUAAGAUCUGACCUGGAGCAUCGAUGAGUUUGGUGGACCCGGGCCUGACGUGGCUCAGACACCUGCCGUCGUUACCGCUCACGUUGCCGCUAACAAUGCGCGAGAAGGACUCAUCACCCAGGAAGAUGCUCGUGGCAUCCGGUGGUCAUAGUUCACCGAAACAGGCGGCGGUCUACCCACUUUCAGUCAGGGUGCCGCCAGGAGAUGAAAUGCCUUUCGAUCUGUCCAGAAAUACAAGGUCGCCAGGACCUCACAUGUCUCCCGCCGGAAGACCACCGGCUGGACCGCAGGAUGCUGACGAGCAGCCCCUAGAUUUAAGAGUCGAGCACAAAAAAUUAUCGUUGAUGAUAAUGAGAAGACAAAUCGAGGACGAGAACAGAAACUUGGUGUCUCCUGCGCCGAGCAAUAACAGUGAUAAAGAGGACCUGAAAGUGGAGGAAGUGGAACGAAGUCCAAUUUCAAACAACAACAACAACAACAACAACAACAACAACAACAACAACAACAACAGCAACAACAACAACAGUAGCAACAACAACAACAACAACAUACCGAAAACUUUCAGUCCUCAACUUCCGGGUUAUCCGGGAAUGUUGUUCCCUCCUCAGCCGAUCCAUCCGAUGAUGUUAGAAGCGAUGUAUCGAGCUCAAGGUGGAGACAAGGUGCCCAGACUGCCGAUUCCGUAUCCGAAUUCGCCUCCAGGUUACCCGCAAAGGUAUCCGUUUCUAAGUCCGACAAUGCUAUCACCGCCGGUAAACCAAGUUCCUUUCGACAUGCUCAGAAACGCGCCCGCGCCUCAAACGCCCAAAGUGUACGAUCCCGCAGGUGGUAAAAUGAAAGACAGAUACGCCUGCAAGUUUUGUGGUAAAGUUUUUCCUAGAUCGGCCAAUCUGACGAGGCAUCUCAGGACACAUACAGGCGAACAACCUUAUAAAUGUAGAUACUGUGAACGGUCCUUUAGUAUCUCUAGUAAUUUGCAAAGACACGUUCGAAAUAUCCACAACAAGGAGAAGCCGUUCAAGUGUCCGUUGUGCGAACGAUGUUUCGGACAGCAAACCAAUUUGGAUAGACAUUUGAAAAAGCACGAAGCUGAUGGUCCUACUAUUUUGGACGAACGAAAUCUGCAACGGAGGAGUCUUAAUAGAAAUCUCAGCGAGGAAUCUUAUUUUGAAGAGAUCAGGUCUUUUAUGGGGAAAGUGACUGACGGUAGACUGCUGCAGCAUCUGCAGCCUCCGAAACAGAUACCCAACUUCCCCAUGAACCUACCACCUCAACUCUUCGAAAACAAACAAGAAAAGUCCACAUCUCCGGACGACGCAAAGAGAGAUUCCUCCUAUUUUUCGGAUAAGGACAACUUUUCGUCAAGGUCCUCAACCUCAUCGGAAACCUCGAACAAAGAAGAGGAACCAGUCGAUAUAAAAAAGACCGAAACCGAAGACAGCAACAAUAACACUUGAUGAUGUGAUCGAUACUUUAGGUAAAAGGAUUCAUAACUAAAACAGCAAUAAACUGAGACAAAACCAAAUACGACGAACUGCAACAGAUGUGCGUGCAAUUUCGUGGUUGGUU